CCUCCGUCCAUUUUCAGCCUCCCCUCUCUCCCCUGCUGCAGCAGUGACAUGUAACCGGACCAGAGGGCGACAUGAACGGGCCUCAGCUGAGCGAGCUGCCGGACGACGCGGAGCAGCUGGAGCCGUACGUGAUCAGCCUGAGGCGGAGCGCCCUGCAGGCGGCCGAGCUGUCCGCGGUCCGGACCUUCUCCGACGGCUUCCUCAUCAAGUUUCUGCGGGCCAGAGACUUCGACGUGGAUCUCUCUCUGAAGCUUUUACUGAACUACCAGCGGUGGCGGAGGGAGAGUCCUGAGAUCAGCGGCUGCCUGUCUCCCCUCUCUGUGCUCGGCCUCCUCGGCACGUCGUAUCAUGGCGUCCUCCCACAGCGGGACCACAGCGGCAGCAGGGUGCUGGUCUACAGGAUCGGUCAGUGGAACCCAAAGGACUGGUCGGCCUUCCAGGUGUUCAGGGUCAGCCUGAUGACGUCAGAGAUCAUCUCCAUGGAGACACAGACGCAGAGGCGGGGCCUGAAGGCCAUAUUUGACCUACAGGGAUGGACUUUAGGCCACGCCUUGCAGAUUAACCCCUCCCUUGCCAGAAAGAUAUCCUCUGUUCUCUCGGACUCAUUUCCACUUAAAGUUCGAGGAAUUCAUCUGGUCAAUGAGCCGAUGUUCUUCCGGCCAGUCUUUGCCAUGAUUCGUCCCUUCCUGCCAGAUAAGAUCAAACAGAGGAUCCAUAUGCACGGGGCUGAUUACCACGACACUUUAGGUGACUUCUUCUCACCAGACAUCCUGCCACCAGAAUAUGGAGGGGAGGGGCCUGGAAUAGAGGAGGUGUGUCAAGACUGGACCAAUCAGCUGCUUCAAAAGGAGAAGCUCCUGCAGCAGAUUGCCACCCACCCGACGGCUGAUAUCGCCAUCACUGCUGAAGACUCGUUGACCUCAGGGGAAGCAGAGACUGAACGCCUCUCAGAGGGAUGAUGUUUGGAACUUACUCUGGACACUGACUGUCUGGCAGCCAUUUUUUUUCUAAAACUCUGGAGUACUGUUGUUUGCUCUUUUAAAAGAGCUGAAAAGAUUUCUCCAUCAGAUGGACUUUGAGUUUACAUGAUUUUAGUCUCCCUAUUACAGGACACUGCUCACUGAAAUCUGACCAGAAGGUGACGUUGCAUCUUCUGCUUGAAACACAUGUAGCUGAAGUCACAGCAUCAUGUCUGGGCUGGUCUCUCUUCCA